GAGCCGCGCGGCUCCUUGCGUCCCCGUGUCCUCUCUGCUGCACCCAUUGGCGCCAGCCAUGUACCCCCGCACGGCGCUCAAGUUCGCCUUGCUCGCACAGUUGGCGUUCCUGGCCAGUGCGACGUACUCAGACCCGAAGGUGCUCGAUGCGUGUCCGGGCUACAAGGCGAAGAACGUCCUCGACCUUGGCCACAAGCUCACCGCCGACCUCGUCCUUGCCGGCACAGCAUGCAACGUCUUUGGGAAUGAUACCGAGAAGUUGAAGUUGGAGGUCACGUACGAGAGCCAGGACCGCAUCCACGUCAAAAUCACCGAUCCUACCGAGAACCGGUACGAAGUGCCCGAAGAGGUCCUGCCAUGCCCUAGUGCCAACCUCUUCGCUGGUCCCCUAACGUCCAACAUCCGGUUCAACUACACCACGUCCCCUUUCUCUUUUUCGAUCUACCGCUCGAAGACACACGAAGUCCUCUUCUCGACUGCAUCGCACCCCAUCAUCUUUGAGCCCCAGUACCUGCGCGUGAAGACGAACCUGCCCGCGAACGCGAACAUCUACGGCCUGGGCGAGCACACCGACACGUUCCGCCUCCCGACGCACAACUACACGCGCACACUGUGGUCUCGCGACGCCUAUGGCGUGCCACACGGUGAAAACCUAUACGGCAACCACCCGAUCUACUACGAGCACCGCACGACGGGUACCCAUGGCGUUUUCCUCGCGAAUUCAAAUGGGAUGGACAUCAAGCUCAACGACACCGAGGGCACCGGCACGACGCUCGAGUACAACGUGAUCGGCGGCGUUCUGGACUUUUACUUCCUUGCGGGUAGCGAGAGCGACCCCACUGAGGUCGCGCGCCAGUACGCGGAGAUCGUGGGCAACCCCGCGGAGGUGCCGUACUGGUCGUUCGGUUUGCAUCAGUGCCGUUUCGGCUACCAAAAUUACAUAGACGUCUCGGAGGUCAUCACUAAUUACUCGGCCGCGGGUAUCCCUCUCGAGACUAUGUGGACAGAUAUCGACUACAUGGAUCGCCGCCGUAUCUUCACCGUCGACCCGGAUUACUUCCCGCUAGACCGCAUGCGGGAGAUCGUCGAUUACCUCCACUCACAUGACCAGAAGUUCGUGUUGAUGACCGACCCCGCUGUCGCCUAUGCCCCUGGAGAGGGUUACGGCCCCUUUGACCGCGGUACUACCGCUGAUAUAUGGCUGAAGGCCGCCAAUGGCAGUAGUCCGUUCCUUGGCGCUGUCUGGCCUGGCGUGACUGUGUUCCCGGACUGGUUCAAUCCGAAGACCCAGGACUACUGGACCAACGAGUUCCAAUCGUUCUACAGCCCAGAUACCGGUCUGGACAUCGAUGGCGCGUGGAUCGACAUGAACGAGCCCUCCAGCUUCUGCAACUACCCGUGCACGGACCCUUUCGAGCAGGCCAGGGAACAGGCCCUCCCGCCCGCGCGCACCUCCCCUCCCCCCGACCCAGACGCGCCCAUCUUCGGCGAGGCGCCUCCGAGCAAGAGGAAGCGCGCUUCCGCCCCAGACCACUCCGGCGACAACGUGCAGAGUCCCCCAUACGCGAUUGCGAACUUCGCCGGGGCGGGCCCUCUCUCGGACAAGACCGCUUACACGGACGCGGUGCACGCGAACGGGCUGAUCGAGUACGACACGCACAACCUGUACGGGACCAUGAUGUCGACGGCGACGCAUGAGGCGAUGCUUGCGCGUCGCCCUGGACUCAGGACGCUCGUCAUAACGCGCUCGACGUUUGCUGGGGCGGGGGCGAAGGUUGGGAAGUGGCUUGGAGACAACUUCAGCGACUGGGACCAUUACAAGCAGUCCAUUGCUGGUAUCCUCGGCAUGGCGGGUGUCUACCACGUCCCCAUGGUCGGUGCGGACAUUUGCGGGUAUGCGGAGAACACGACGGAGACGCUAUGCGCGCGCUGGGCUUUGUUAGGCGCGUUUUACCCCUUCAUGCGUAACCACAAUGCAGACACGUCCAUUAGCCAGGAGUUCUAUCGCUGGCCGCUGACCACGCAAGCUGCCAAGAACGCGCUCGACGUCCGCUACCGCCUCAUCGAUUACCUCUACACCGCCUUCCACCAGGCGAAGACGGACGGCACGCCCGUCCUCCGCCCGCUCUGGUACGCCUUCCCCAAGGACACGAACACCUUCGGGAUCGACACCCAGUUCCUUUUCGGCCCGUCUGUCCUUGUGUCGCCCGUCAUCGACGAGAACUCGACGACCGUCGACGUAUACUACCCCAAGGAGUUCUUCUACGACUUCCACACCCUCGCGCCGAUCACGGGCGUGGGCAGCUCCGUGCAGCUCACGAACGUUAACUUCACGACCAUCCCGGUGUCGAUCAAGGGUGGCGCUGUGCUCCCGCAGCGUGCGAGCAGCCAGUCGACGACGACAGAGCUGAGGAAGACCGACUUCGAGAUCGUCGUUGCGCCUGCGCUCGCGGAUGGCUCCGCCUCGGGCUCGCUGUACCUGGACGAUGGCAUUUCCAUCACCCCCAAAACGAGCACGAGUGUGUCGUUUGCGUACAACCGCGGCAAACUCACCGUGAAGGGCUCGUUUGGAUACGCCACCGGGGUGAACGUCUCGCGCGUGCGGUUCGCGAACACGAAGAGUGCGCCGAAGAGCGUGAAGUUCAACGGGAAGGCGGUCAGCGCGGACAAGGUGGCGUUUGACUCUGCUAAUGGGGUCCUUGACGUGAAGUUGGGUAUUCCGUUCAAGUCGAACUUCAUUGUCGAGCUCGAUUGAGCGGGUGUUGCGUGCAUCGGCGUUUCCCCGAAAGUAGCUCAAAUACUAUGGACUUGUACUGCUAAUACCCCUAAUUUGCAGCUGCUUGC